CAUUAUUCUUGCAGAAGAUCUUCAACAGUCAGUUCAUACAGUUAACUGAUUAGAAGCGAAUACCAAAACAAUUACAAAACAAUUCAACAUCUUUAACGAAAAAAAAAAGAAAAAAAAAACAACCUAUAAAAUGAAAUUGAUGCUAGUCUUUGGUGUUUUGGCUUUGGCUGCUUGCGCUAUUGCUGCUCCUCAAAAAGAUGUUGAAGUUUUGGAAUAUGAAGCUGACAAUAUUGGCAUUGGCGGUUACAAAUUCAGUUAUAAGCUAAGUGACGGUACUACUCGUACGGAAGAAGCUGUUGUUAAUAACGCUGGCACUGACAAUGAAUCGUUGUCGGUACGUGGCUCCGUGUCUUGGGUAGCUCCCGAUGGUCAAACUUAUACAGUGAACUUUGUAGCUGAUGAGAACGGUUUCCAACCUGAAGGAGCACAUCUGCCCAAAUAAAUCUGUUGUAAGAUCUUUCAAGCAGAAUAACAAGAGAAACUGAAACCAAGUUACCUGAAUUUAUCUAAAAAUAUGUUUAUUGUUUUGUUAUAAACCAUGUAAAUACUAUCUUAAAUCGAAAAAAGUUUUUAAUAAAAAUAAGUUGAAAAGUGAAUGCUUUCAGUCAGUGUUAA